CCACUCAGCCGUGUGUCGUCACCCUGUUUGUUUUUCUUGUUCCUUUCGGACUUGUUUGACUUUCAGUCUGAUUGCGCUGUCUUCGUUGCUAGUUGAGUGCAUACUGCAUGCUCAUGUCCCUGGGGUUGGCCGUCCCAAUCACUUAGGUGGGCGGGCUGCGGGUCUAUGCUCCCCAGUCGAACCUAUGCCAGGGUUAGUCCGUGCUCUACCUUCUCCGCCUGGUCCUGGUCGGCCUCUAAUGUGUACACGUCUCGGUCCAUGAGUGAGUCCAUUUUUGUCGAGUGAUAUCCCGGUCGUCUGGUCGUCUGGGCCUUAUUACCUUGGUUGUUUCUCCGGGGAAAGGCCAUGAGCGGUGGCUCGGCCGGUCUCAUGCAGGGUAUUGAUACCCUCACCUGGGCUAUGAAGUCCAACAUCAUCCCGGAUCAAGAGUACCUGCUCCAGGGCUCGAUCUUGGACACGCAUGUGGAAGUGCUCAAACAUCGGCUCCGCGGAUUGUGCGACAACGUGGAUUCCGGCCAAGAGACCUUUCAAGAGCGUGAGAUGGUGUUCGCCAUCCAAGGCACCUCCUCCCAACCGCUCCAUCUCCGCAUUCGACGACCGCUCGAGCAACAGGCUGAAUGUCCCUGGCAACUCCGAUACAUCGGACAACCCGAAUUGGGCAAUCGACCCACCCUGGUCCGCAGUUGCUACGAUAUCGCGUGCAGCGACAACGCCGUCGAGUUCCUGACCGAGUUGGGCUGUCGCCUUGAGUACGAGUUCGUGGCCAAAGGCUUCCUCUUCCGCAAAGGUCGUAUGAAGGUGACGGUGAGCAAGAUCUUCAAAACUUUGCCACCCAAUCCCAACCUGAUGGGUCAAGAAUCGCUGGAACCGCUCUUGGCCUCGCAUCUGGUCGAGCUGAGCGUGUUGGCCCCCUCGGGCAAUGACGCCGUGGCCGAUGAUAUGAAGAACUUUGCCGAGCAACUCAAACCCUUGGUCAUGUUGGACAAGAUCGACCCGCGACGUCACGGCAUGCUGUCUUAAAGCACCGGGGCCAGGAAGGACA